AUGUCCCAGCCCCCCGCCCCCACCUCCUCCUGGCCCUCCCCCAGCCCCUCCUUUUCCGUCCGCACAACCAAAGUUACCACCCCCGCCUGGCUCCUCACCCUCCUCUCCCUCCCCGCUGACUCCCGCGUCCUCCAUGUCAACACCGCCCUCACCGCGCUCUUCACCCCCCCGACCUCCAUCAUAACCAUCACCUCCCCCAUCCCCCUGCCCGCCAGAAUCUACGGCCCCGAUUCCAAGCUCGACCGCAUCACAUGCCGUCUCAGCAACCUCAACACCGGCUCCAUCCGCAACUCCACUGUCGUCCCCGGCCACAUCACGCUCGUCCUCCACGACACCACAAAAGCCACCCUCAUGGCCGCGUACGACUUCUUCCUGGGCUCGUUCCCGAUGAUCCACGUCAAGGCGCCCAUGAAGGAGCUUCUCCGAGCUGCCUUCAAGUCCGCUGUCGACAAGCUAGGCUGGAAGGUCGGUAUUGAAGCACUCAAAGCUUGCGACUCCGCGGGCUGCGCGAACCUGAAGAACCUGUACAAGCGCUUUAUCAUGGAGACGGGGUAUGUCUCGGAGAAUAAGUCGCCGUCCAGACCGCGCGGAAGACCAAGGAAGUAUGCGGAGAUGUCGAGGGUAUUUGGGGAGGACUAUCCGAAGGGGCUGCGGGAGCUGGUGACGGGCGCAGUGGAGGAGGUUAAGGCGCUUUUCUCGCCGUCGCUGGUGGGCGGCGGCGGAGGGACGAGCGUUAGGGUUAAUAUUUGGUGUGUCAAAUGGAGGGUGCCGGCGGGGAAGACGAGGGGGGGGAAAGAGGUGGUGGGGGAGGCGAGGACGGGGGAGGAGUACUUGGGUGAUUAUGCGGCGGGGUACUUUAUUGGCGCGGCGAAAGGUUCCGCGAUGCCCAGCACUAGCUGCGAAGACUCUAAGACAGCAAAUGCUGUGGGCGAGGGGCCCAAGAUCGUCGACACCCUGGACCAAUACUUCAUGAUCAAUGACAUUUGCCAGGAUCCCAAUUCCAAUGCAGUCGCUGUUAUCAAUUAA